AAUUUUUAAUUUCAUUCUCCUUUGUUCCAUCUCAUCUACGUGACCUUCAUGAAACAGGAUACCCACCGAGUCCGAAAGGGACUUUGGCCGUGAAAACAAAACAAAAUAAAUCUUGUAAAAAUGAAGACGGUAAUAUCCGGUAAAUGCAUCUGAGUGAUGUGGGACAACGACGCUGGCUGUUAGUAAUUUUGUAUGCCACGUUCAGCGUAGAAAUGCAAAAAUCUACCCUUAAAAGGUUUGAUUAAUUCCAUAGGCAUUUUCCAGACCUGUGAUAUCUACAACGAGCACAAGGUGUUUGACAAAUCGCGUAGCUGAGGUAAAACAAAUCUCACUCUCGCAACUCGCAUUGUAAAAACAAAGCAGAAGAGCUGAGUAGAUCUUAGCGAUGUGGAGACGAGUCACUUCGUUGUCUCAUCUGCUUUCUUCCCCCAAAUCAUCUCCUCAACUUACUCCGACGAGCUAUGGACCGAAGAUCUGGGAAACACUUAGCACGGAAGUAUCAAAAAAGUCGGGAGGUGGAAUCUUCUCAAAAGAGAGAAGUCCAUUUAUCACCUUUGUGUUGGGAGGCCCAGGUAGUGGGAAAGGUACACAGUGUUCUAGGAUUGUUGAGACCUACGGAUUCACCCAUCUAAGCGCUGGUGAUUUGUUAAGAAAAGAAAUAACUAUGAAUAGUGAAAACGGCGCCAUGAUUCUUGACACAAUCGCAAAAGGAAAAAUCGUUCCAUCAGAAGUGACAAUCAAACUAAUUCGAAAAGCAAUAGAAUCAGCUGAAAAUGAUAAAUUCCUUAUUGAUGGAUUUCCAAGAACUGAGGAGAAUCGUAUUGCCUAUGAACGUAUUAUCGGAGCAGAACCAAAUAUUGUGCUUUUCUUUGAUUGCCCUGAAGAAGUGAUGGUGAAACGAGUGCUAAGCCGUAAUGAGGGGCGUGUUGAUGAUAAUAUAGAUACGGUUAAGGAACGCCUCAAGGCAUUUAGAUCUUUGAACCUUCCUGUUAUAAAUCACUAUUCCAACAAAGGAGUACUUUACAAGAUUGAUGGUACUGGAACAGAAGAUGAGAUCUUUGAACGAGUUCGUGCAGUUUUUGAUGCUUGGAAAUAGUCAAUGUUCUCCAACAGGCGUACUUCAAGGAGGGAAAAGGCAAGUCGAAAACAGAAAUAGUUAAUGAGACUCCCAACAGCAGUUACGCUGUUAUUACUUAUUUAGUAGUAAGUAUGCGCGGCAUAGUGAAGAACCCUAUAGUUGAAGGAUAGAGUGGUCGGAGUGAACACCUAUACCAAGAGAUAAGUUUUCCUUGCAUCUGGUAAGCAACAAACAGAAUGUGAUUUGGUUUGCACAUAAUAUCAGAACAUUAAACCUAUGUUAUAGGCAUAUGAAGAUGUGUUGUCCUUUUAUUGUCUGUAAUAGUGUAACUUGCAAUUAUUAAUACAUUGCAGAAACUGAGAGCUCACCUAACAUUCUCCUUUAGUGCCCGCUUGUCUGGGCUUACAUGUCAAAAACUCCUUUAAAAUUGUGAUUCCCCUUGUCGUUAUAAAAUAGCUUCUUCGAAUU